AUGAGCCCCGCCCCGCAGCCGAGCGACGAGCCGGGAGACGCGGACGGCGGCUCGCGCGACCUCGCCUCGCAGAAUCUUCAAAAAAAGCGCACGGAACGUCGGGGACGGCUGAGCUCCGACGUCGCCAAAAAGAAGGGUGACACGAAAAGCAAUCUGAUCUUUAAGGUAACGAGGGCGCGCAUGUGCUCGUUCGCCCGCUUAGCAUGCAGCCGGCGCCGCCCGGCGUCCUUACACGCUCGCUUCGCUUCCUCUUUCGUUGGCGUUUCUGUUUCCGACCCUCCCGUAGGCCGCGCGGGCGGAGGCGCGCGAGGCGGCGGGCAGGGCGUCCGCGGCGGCUUGGGAAGCCCUGCCCGUAUGCCCGCGAUCGCAUGCUCGCUCGACGACUCGUCUCACGCGUUCAUAUUUUAUUUCUCACUUUUACAAGAACCCAUCGGUAGAAAUCAUCGCGAUGCU